AUAAAACUAUAAAAUCCUAACGCAGAACCUCCCAACCUCCCUUCGUUCGCCUCUCAUGGCAGUUUGCUCUGCCUCCGCCACCGCCAUCGGUUGCUAGUCGUCGUAAUCGGUGUCGGCGUCCGAUUUGCCGAAAGCAUCAACGCGAUACGUCGACCUAGGUUUUCUAGGGGGAGGGAGAGAUAAUAAGGAACGAUUUUUGUUUGUGAAUUAUUAGAUAUAUAAUACGAUGGCGAAGAAGAGGAAAUCGUUGGCAACGAGCCUAGACGAGGUCGAUCGGACUAUGUAUUCGACGUUUUGCAACGCCGCCAACUCUCUCUCUCAGCUUUACUCGCAAGCCAUGAGCCAACAAAAGCUCUCAUUUCUAUCCGGUGAACGCCAUGGAUUGGAAAAGCUAUAUCAAUGGAUUUCCAAGCAAUAUGCAGAAGGAUUGAGGGUGACCACUGAAGACAUACUAGCUUAUAUCCAGGCUGAGUUAGAAUCUUCAGUGGAGGAGGCGCCAAUAGCUCCAAGAACAUUGCAGCAGCCGCCACAAGUGACAAAUCCGUUCAUAAAUUCAGGGCCAUCCAAUGUGCCAGGUGGCGUACAAGGUUUCCGAGGUGAGCUGUGUGAUCAGCCGUCAAAAAACUACAUAUUUUCUAAUGCUUUAUCAAGCCCUGUUCGUCGCAGCCUUCAAAGCUAUCAUCAUAUAUCAUCAUCAUCAUCAUCACCAUCAUCAUCAUCUCAUGAGCAUCAGAAUUUUGAUUCUUCAAUGGAUGCAGAUAAUACUACAGGUCAUGAUUCUACUCUUUGAAUCUUUUUUUUUUUACGGUUUUAUGUAUACACAUUAAAACGUAAAAGAAAAUGGAAAAAAAAAGGUUGUUAAAGAAAUUAAACUAGUGGUGAAGGUUGGUGAAGAAAAAAUUAGGUGUUAUUUUUGGUGGCUAGAGAGAGAGAGAGAGAAAGAGAAUGUGAGUUGUGUGGAUUUUUGGGUGUUAUAUGUAAAGUGGUUUUACUUUUACUGUUUUACAUGUAUGCAAGAUUCAAAUAUUUGGAUUGCUA